AUGAAACCAACGGGUUCAGAGAUUUUCACAGUUUUUGCAAAGGAUGGAGACCAGAGCAGCCCCAACCCCAUUCAUUACUCCAUCCUGAAUGGCAGUGACGGUUUCUUCAGCAUCAACAGCUCCAGUGGCUGCAUCAGUCUGGUCUUGUUUCCUGUUCAGCUGAGGAAUGAGUUAUACGAGCUCAGAGUGCAGGCUGCAGAGGUGGGCGCUGAUGGAGUGUUUGCAGACUCGUCCAUCACCACCGUCACCAUUCGGGUGGUGGAUCUGAACAAUCAUCCACCCACAUUCUAUGGAGAAAGCGGCCCACAGAACCGCUUUGACAUCAGCAUGUACGAGCACCCGGCGGAGGGAGAGAUCCUGCGCGGACUAAAGAUCACCGUCAAUGACUCCGACCAGGGGGCGAAUGCUAAAUUCCGUCUUGUGCUGGUGGGACCAUCUCGGGUUCUCCGUGUGGUUCCUCAGACGGUCCUGAAUGAAGCCCAGGUCACCGUCAUCGUGGAGAACUCCAGCGCCAUCGACUAUGAGAAACACCAGUUCUUAACCUUUAAGCUGUUAGCGGUAGAGAUCGACACUCCGGAGCGCUUCAGUGCCACCGCAGACAUCGUGAUCAAUCUUCUGGACACAAACGACAACACUCCUAAAUUCUCCUCUGAGUUUUACAUCGCCAGGAUUCCUGAAAACUCUCCUGGAGGCUCCAACGUCGUCUCCGUGACUGCGACUGACCCGGACUCAGGCCUGUGGGGUGAAGUCAAAUACUCCAUCUACGGCUCCGGAGCGGAUCUGUUCCUCAUCCACCCCUCGUCCGGCAUCAUCUACACGCAGCCCUGGGCCACUUUAGAUGCUGAAGUCAAGUCCAAAUAUAAUUUCUAUGUAAAAGCUGAAGACACCGAGGGCAAGUACAGCCUGGCAGAGGUUUUUGUGACAGUUCUCGACCAAAACGACCAUCCGCCAGAGUUCAACGAGAACUUCCUGGAGAAGACGAUGAUCAUUGGUGCUCCGGUGAAAAUACAGGCGGUGGACGAGGAUGCGGAGGAGCCCAAUAACCUGAUCGAGUACUCCAUCAUGAAAGCAGAUCCAGACAACAUCUUCGACAUCAACACAUCCACGGGCGAGAUCAAGCUCAAACCCUACAUCAAGAGUCUGGAGAUCGUGCAGAACAUCAGUAAGCAGAGGGAGUGCCGCUGGUCAGUGGUGGUGCAGGCCCGAGACCGCGGAUCUCCAUCCUUCAGCACCACGGCAGUCGUGAAGAUCGACAUCACGGAGGCGAACCGCUUUAACGGGCCCAUGUCUGCAUUCCUGAAGCAGAGCCGGGAGAACCCGCUGCAGGUGCUGGUUCUGGCGCUCAGCGGCAUCACUGCUGUGGUUCUGUUGACGGUUCUGAUCUCCACCAUCAUUUACUGCCGCAACACAAAAUCCAACCGCAUCAUGCCGGCGCGCCGCAUCAUCCGCAGGAGAGCCAAAGAGUCGCAGCACUGGAGCUUCAGGCCUGCGUUUGGGCAGAUGGAGCCUGGCCCGGGACCAGUUCCAGAAGAGGAGAACAAUGGAGGAAACCAGAACACCAACAACAACAGCAGCAGCCCCGGAGCCCACGCACCCACACCCAGAGCGCCUGCACCCACACCCAGAGCGCCUGCACUCGCACCCAGAGCCCCUGCACCCACACCCGCACCCAGAGCACCUGUGCCUGCACCCAGAGUUCCUGCACCCAGAGCCCCAGUCUUACCGUGCCCGCCGACGGUGUCCAGUGAGCGGCUCCGGCCGGUGCCCACGGUGUCGGGCGCGGUGGCCUGCAGCUCCAGCAGGGAGGGCACCGGCGGCAUCGGAUCGGCUCUGGUGUCGGAGCUGAAAAUGCGGAUUGAGCAGAAGAUCAUCGAGGCCAAUCAGAGCUACUAUUACUGACACCGCUGAACAGGAGAUUCUGAUGGACCUCACGCUCAAUGUUGGAACAAGUGUUCUUCUUCUGUCUGUGUAUUUCAGUGCACGUCUGGUUCAGCUAAAGUGUUUCUGCUUUUCAUAAUGGUGUACGGUCACUGAACGUCUGGACUAUAUUCUCACCAGAACAGUUUUAAGCACCUUGCCAAUACAGCUCUGUGUGUGUGUGUGUGUGUGUGUGUGUGUGUGUGUGUGUG